AUGUCCGAGUGGAAGAAAAAUCUAAGAAUGGAGAAGCAAGUUUUUAUGAAAUUAGCGGACGAAUUGCGACCUUACUUGGCGCCAGGUGUAGGAGGACCUCGAGACGAUGUUAUAACUGUGGAGAAACAACUGGCAAUGACAUUGUACUUUUUAAAGGAUCAAGGAUCUCUCUCCAUGACUGCAAAUGCAUUUGGUGUUGCCAUUUGUACUGUUUCGGUUGUUGUACGGAAGGUUUGCCGGGUAUUAACUAAACAUUUGGGAGCUAUAUAUAUUAAACUCCCUUCAUCAGAACAAGAAAUGAGGCAAGAAAUUAAGCAAAUGGAAAAUAAAUAUGGAUUUCCACAAGCGUUUGGUUGUGUGGAUGGUACACAUAUCCCCAUUACACAGCCCUCAGAAAAUCCUCACGACUAUUUCAGCUACAAAAUGAAAUACACAUUAAAUGUACAAGCUGUAUGCAACUGGAGAGGCUUAUUCCUCAAUGUCGAUGCUCGCUGGCCAGGCAGCGUCCAUGAUGGGCGUGUAUUUGCAAACUCAAAAAUAACUACCCUCCUUAGAGAACAGAGACUGCCAAUGGUUUACCAAGAAAUUUUUAUUGGUUAUGACAAGAUCCCUCCCAUACUUCUAGGUGACCCAGCGUACCCUUUACUACCAUUCUGCAUGAAGGAGUACCCCAGUCCACAAUCGAACGAGGAGGUCAUAUUUAACAAUAUGCUUCGAAGUGCACGAAAUCCAGUAGAAUGUGCUUUUGGACGUUUAAAAGCCCGAUGGCAAAUAUUAAACAAAAGAAUUAACAUGCAAUUGACAUUUAUUCCGGAGAUAGUCUAUGCCUGUUUUGUACUUCAUAACUUUUGUGAGAUUCAGGGGGUUAAUGUUGAUGAUGAAGUUGAGCAGCAGAUUGCACACGAUAUGGUGACACAGCCAAAUACAGUUGCAGAUUGUCUAUAUUCAUGUAACACUGCUGAGGGAGCACAG